UUUAGUAGCCACGACCUCUUUGCAUGACUCUUUGCAAUCCAAAGGUGGUGGGGGCACUUUGAGAGUGUACAGCGUUUUACGCUUCUGCGUUUUACUCCUAAAUAUUGUUUCCUCAACUGCUCAGAGUUAGUUGAUUCAUUUCUCCUGCUGUCUCCAUCCUUAGUUUUCUUUUCUACUUCUGCAAUAUUAUUGCAGAUCAUAACGAUUGAGUGGGAAAGAGAGAGUGUGGAUGUGGGAGAUCAAGCUUCUUGACAAAGAAACACUUUGAUCUUUCGAAGGAGAGUUUGGAGGAUAUAUAAUGGAGCUUCCGGAGCUGUCUUUGGCUCCAACACAGUUUGUUGUCAACAAGACUAGCAGUGCCUAUAGUUCAUCUUCAGAAUCCGACAGCAACCCUUCUCGGAAGAGGAAGUUUUUCAGUGAUUAUCCGCUGAAGACUGAUGAAAAAGUAGUUCACACAAGUGUUGAUCUUCAACUCAAAGACCCUCUGCCAUUGGAUUGGGAGCAAUGCCUUGAUCUUGAAUCAGGAAGGAUGUAUUAUCUAAACAGAAAGACCUUUAGGAAGAGUUGGAGCUGGCCCAAGGAUCGAAAGCUUGACCUUGAACUCAACAUCGCGACACAUGAUCAGUACUCCAAUUGCUCCGAGCAGUACUGCAGCAGCGACAGCUCUGAUAAAGUACUUAUUGAUGGCUCCAAGAAGAAAUACAUGACCUCAAUUAACAGCAACAACAUGAUGGCUUUGCCCUGCUUGAAUUGCCAUCUCCUUGUCAUUCUCUCAAAAUCUGUUCCCUCUUGUCCCAACUGCAAGUAUGUCCAUUCGCUCCCGUUCCAGAAGAGCCCACCACCACCCCGAGUCCCUGCGGUCAAGUCACUCAACACCUUAAGCCUCUUAAACUGAUUCAUGUCAAUCUAUGGACCAUGCAGAAAGUGUAGCAUAUAUAUAUGCUAAGCUACUGGUUCUGGUGCUGAUGUUGUACUCGGUGGAAGAAUAUGGAUGCCUAAAAUGAUCAAAGCAGAGGAGAAAUUAACACAAAAAAAGGAACAUUACUACAGUAUUUAUGGGUUCAUCGAUCUCUUUUUCAUUUUAAAUCUAAGAAUUUAUGGAAUAUCCAUGUAUAAUCUGAAUCUGCUCGAAAAGUAGUAAAUGUAAAUUUAUGAGAACUGUUUCUAGUAAUUUAUUUGUUUUAGAAAGUCUUUGGGAAAGUAUGCGAGCUAAAGGAUGAUGGUCUGAAUUUAU